AUGGCGGCCGCUGCAGAGGCGCCCAAGUCGGCUUAUCAGCCCCGGUAUAUCGAUAUCGGCAUCAAUUUGGCUGAUCCCAUCUUCCGAGGCCUGCAUCAUGGAAAGAGACGGCAUCCUGAUGACUUGGAAGGCGUCAUCAACAGGGCCAAGGAAGUCGGCUGCUCCAAGUUGAUCGUGACCGGGUCCGACUUCACCAGCUCGAGGGAUGCCCUCGACAUUGCCAAGCAAUACCCUGGCACCGUUUACACAACUGUUGGAAUCCACCCAUGCAGCAGUGCGAUCUUCAGUAGCUCGGACGAGGCCGCCGAGGGCGUGCACACCGACCCCGACCCGUCCCAACCUAUUCCCGAGCACCAUCAGCCGGACCCCACCAAGACGGAGGCCAUCAUCUCCGAGCUCCGAGAUCUCAUCAAGGAGACGACCACCGCUUCCCAGGCCGGUCUCGUCGCCUUUGGCGAGUUCGGUCUGGAUUAUGACCGUCUGCACUACUGCUCCAGGACCGUCCAGCUCCACUCUUUUGCAGCGCAGCUCGAUCUCGUUGUCAACACCAAGCCUCAGCUACCCCUAUUCUUGCACUCAAGAGCCGCCCAUGAUGACUUUGUGCGUCUGCUGAAGGAGACGUUUGGCGACAAGCUGGAGAAACUAGAGAAGGGUGGCGUCGUUCACAGCUUCACCGGCACCAUCGAAGAAGCCAGGGAGCUUAUGGAUCUGGGGCUGUACAUUGGUAUCAAUGGCUGCAGUUUCAAGACCGAGGAGAACUGCGAAGUCGUGAAGCAGAUUGCCUUGGACAGAAUGAUGCUCGAGACCGACGGCCCUUGGUGCGAGAUCCGCCCGAGUCACUUCGGUUACAAGUACUUGAUCGAGAAGAAGCCCGAGGUUAACGGCACCGACGGCGCCGCAACCCCGGAGGCUGCGAAGCCCCAAGGCAAGAAGAAGAACCAGAAAAAGGAGCCAGAUGUGCCGGAGCGCUUCAAAGUCGUCAAGAAAGAGAAGUGGGAGGAGGGUGCCAUGAUCAAGGGCCGCAAUGAGCCAUGCAUGAUCGAGCGAGUUGCCAAGGCCGUGGCUGGUAUCAAGGGGGUUGAAGUCGAGGAAGUUUGCGAGGCAGCAUGGAGAAACACGGUGAAGGUUUUUAGCGUAGACCAAUAG